AAGCAAAUCCAAAAAGAAGACCCGCAAGUAAAGUGUGCGUGUCAAUGAUGGAUCAAAACUCUUCAAUAUACUUAUAAUAAUUACAUAUUGUUCUCUCUCUCUCUCGAUCUCGAUCCUCCAAUUCUCAGUUUUGGAUUUGGUUUCAAAUUCAGGGCAGAUUCAACGUACCCAAAAAGCCAGCCACCCCCCCUCCCAUCCCUUCUUCAUUCUCCACACCGCCUUUUAUUAUUAUUAUUAUCAAGAAGAAGAAGAAGAAACAAGAGAGUUUUAUGUCAGUUUGUUUAUGGGUGUGGCUGACAUGCAAAGCAACGGGAAUGGGAAUGAGGGAUUCAGCUUCAGGAGCUGUGUUUUUAGGAGAAAACAAGUGGAUUCUCAUCGUGUCAGCAGCCAUAGCGGUGGCCAAACCCAACAAUUAGCUAAGAUUCUCUCUGUUGUUGACAUCAUUGCCAUUGGAGUAGGAGCAACGAUUGGAGCUGGAGUAUAUAUUCUUGUAGGAACGGUUGCUAGAGAGCAGACAGGACCGGCUCUUACUGUUUCUUUCUUCAUUGCUGGAAUUGCUGCUGCUCUCUCAGCAUUUUGUUAUGCUGAACUUGUUUGCCGGUGCCCAUCAGCGGGGAGUGCCUACCAUUACACAUACAUUUGCAUAGGAGAAGGUGCAGCAUGGUUGGUUGGCUGGGCAUUGAUUCUUGAAUAUACAAUUGGUGGUUCAGCUAUUGCUCGUGGCCUAACCCCAAAUCUGGCCUUAUUUUUUGGAGGUCAAGAUAACCUGCCUUCUUACUUGGCCCGCCACUCCAUUCCUGGGCUUGGCAUUGUGGUAGACCCAUGUGCAGCAGUUUUGAUUCUUGUUGUCACUUUGCUCUUGUGCAUUGGAAUCAAGGAGAGUUCAUUUGCACAGACUGUUGUUACAACAGUGAAUGUUUUUGGGCUGCUUUUCAUCAUAAUAGUUGGUGGAUAUUUAGCUUUCAAGACUGAAUGGAUUGGAUAUGAACUUCCUAGUGGGUAUUUUCCGUUUGGAGUAAAUGGGAUGCUUGCAGGAUCUGCCGUGGUGUUCUUUUCAUUCAUUGGUUUUGAUGUUGUUGCUAGCACUGCUGAGGAGGUGAAAAAUCCUCAACGUGAUCUGCCCUUAGGUAUAGGCGUUGCUUUGUCUAUAUGUUGCAUUCUAUACAUGCUUGUCUCUGUUGUUAUUGUUGGCUUAGUGCCAUACUACGCAUUGGAUCCAGACACCCCGAUCUCUUCAGCAUUUGCUUCCCAUGGGAUGCAAUGGGCAGUGUACAUAAUAACAACUGGAGCAGUUACUGCUCUUUGUGCUAGUUUAAUGGGUUCACUUCUUCCUCAGCCUCGAAUGUUCAUGGCAAUGGCUAGAGAUGGAUUGUUGCCAUCUUUUUUUUCAGACAUUAGUGAACGCACACAAGUUCCAGUGAAGAGCACAGUAAUAAUUGGUAUUCUUGCUGCAGCCCUGGCUUUUGUUAUGGAUGUUUCACAGUUGGCAGGAAUGGUUAGCGUGGGUACACUUCUUGCUUUCACUUCUGUUGCAGUUUCAGUGCUAAUACUCAGAUAUGUUCCACCGAAUGAGGUGCCACUUCAUCCAUCACUUCAGCAGCUGAUUGAUUCACCAUCACUGCAGUUCAAUAGUGAUUCUCAGGACAUUGCAUAUCAAAACCCUAAGGGUUCUCUCAGCAACUAUGAUCUUAGUCAACAUUUACUUGACAAUAUAGGGACUUCAAUUGGAUGCACACUUCUUCCGAAACACAUGGCUCAAGGUGAACAGAAUGAACAAAAAAGGCGAAAAAUUGCUGCUUGGAAUAUAGCUCUUGUAUGCGUAGGUGUUUUUGUCCUUGCAUCUGCAGCUUCUGUUGAAAAUAUUCCCAGCAUUCUUCGCUUCACAUUGUGUACAGUGGGUGGAGCUAUUUUUUUGUGCAGUUUGAUUGUUCUUGCUUGCUUAGCACAAGACAAUGCAAGGCAUAGCUUUGGACACUCAGGAGGUUUUGUUUGUCCUUUUGUUCCAUUCUUACCAGUUGCUUGCAUUCUUGUCAACACAUACUUGUUAGUUAAUUUGGGGGCUGGCACAUGGUUCCGUGUUUCCAUAUGGCUGCUAAUAGGGGCACUAGUUUAUUUAUUUUAUGGUCGGACCCACAGCUCAUUGAAGAAUGCAGUUUAUGUUCCUACUGCCCAUGCUGAAGAGAUCUACCGCACCUCUUCAGAUCUUCUGGCGUAGAUCAUGGCAAGGCAUGCACCAUAAACACAUCUAUCUCUCCUCUAUCUGAGGCAUUCUUGGAUGCUUUUUUGCUGCUAUGGUACAUAGUUCUAGCUGACAGAAGGGAAAUCAAUCUUUUGUUGUAUAGUUGUAUUGCUCAAUUAGCUGGCAUCUUCUAUAAUUCUUGUGCAAACAUGUAAAUAGCUUAUAGCUCAAACGUGAUGGUUCUUACAAAUAUGCGGUACAAGCAGUAUUUGAAUGGGGGGGAAAAUAAAAAAAAAUUGUUUACUAAA